CGUCCGGCGGGCCACCGAGUCCGAUCCCGCAGCCGUUCGUGCAGCCGCUUCGGCGACUCUUCCAGGCGGCAUCCGCGCGGGACCCGAGUUUGAAGACGCCAGCUCUCACCAUCCACUGGAUUAUGCCCGUGGCUUUCUUGCCUGAUGAUUCUCUUGCAGCAGGCUGGGCUUCCUCCACCUAAGCAGCCCUCGACCUCUCCUCCUAUGUCAGUGGCUGCCAGGUCCACAAGGACCUUGCAGCUUCCACCACAGAAGCCGUUUGGACAGAAGGCAUCCUUGCCUCUGGCAGGGGAAGAGGAGUUAGCUAAGGGAGGGGAGCCAGACUCUGCCCUGGAGGAGCUGUGUAAGCCCCUCUUCUGCAAACUCUGCAAUGUCACCUUGAACUCUGCUCAGCAAGCCCAGGCACACUAUCAGGGUAAAAACCAUGGCAAGAAACUCCGAAAUUAUUAUGCCGCUAACAGCUGUCCUCCUCCAACCAGGAUGAGCAGCGUGGCAGAGCCUGUAGCCACACCCCUCGUUCCUGUCCCUCCCCAGGUGGGCUCUUGCAAGCCUGGGGGCAGAGUGAUCCUGGCCACAGAGAAUGACUACUGUAAGCUGUGUGAUGCCUCCUUCAGCUCCCCUGCAGUGGCCCAGGCCCACUAUCAGGGGAAGAACCAUGCCAAGAGACUUCGUCUGUCUGAAGCUCAGAGCAACUCGUUCUCGGACUCUGCUGAGGCAGGGCAAAGGCGGACCCGUAAAGAAGGGAGUGAAUUCAAGAUGGUGGCCACCAGGAGGAAUAUGUACACAGUCCAGAACAAUUCAGGUCCUUACUUCAAUGCCCGCUCUCGGCAGAGGAUCCCACGAGACCUUGCCAUGUGCGUCACUCCUAGUGGGCAGUUUUACUGUUCCAUGUGUAACGUGGGCGCUGGGGAAGAAGUGGAGUUCAGGCAGCAUCUCGAGAGCAAGCAGCACAAGAGCAAGGUGUCCGAGCAGCGGUACAGGAGUGAGAUGGAGAACCUGGGCUAUGUACAGUGACACCCAUGCUUGUGGAGAAACUGGUCCUGCCUGUUGUUUGCCUUCUGUCAACCUGCCUUGCUUUGUGGUCCCCUUGAUACAUACAUUCCUCAUUCCUCUGCUUAAUAACCUGCAGUGGUACCAUGAGUCGUCAAGUCGGGGUGGGGGAGGGAGCUGUGCUUCUUAGGUCACAAUGCUGUUUUGGGCCAACUGUGUCAAAAGGCUUCCAGCGUGUGACCUGCCUGCCCCGUCAGAAGUAACUUCUCAUUUUGACCAAGUUAAGUAACUUCUUAUCUUGACCAAGUUUUCUUUAACCAGGAGUAGUCUGACCGUUUAGAGCUAUGAUCAGUUAAAAACAGCAUCUACUUUAACAGUUUUAGUUUUAUGCAUCUUAGGUGAAGACUUUUUUGAGUUUGUUCUUCAGAUUAUUGUGAAAAGAGUUAAACCGAGACUCCCAUUUCCUGAUGCUCCUGGGGAACCAUCACCACAGUGCGGUGUCUUUUCAGUACAGUGUGUUAUUAUGGUGUGUGCUUGGGUUUCUCAGCAACAGUUUGCCCCUCUGGCAUGUCUCUCUGUAAUUGACAUGCAUUUUUUUUUUUUAAUCGAGACUCUUCCAGGAUACUUAUGUUCUUUUGAAGAUGUAACUUCAUCUCCAGUUGAGAAUUGCACACAUUUAAUCCCCACCUAUCCCCUCCUACUUGGAUCAGCUUGUCUGUUUGACUAUCUAAUGAGUUGAAGAUGGAUAUUCUUUUAGAAAAUAUAUUUUUCAGAUGAUUCAAAGAGAUGCAUGGAUGUGUUUGAGAUUCAAUUUGGAAUCAUAUUUUCACUGAUAAUUACGUGAACUCAUGGGAUGGUCAUUGUCCUGUGGCUUUUUAAUGACUGAUUGUGUCAUCUGCCCCUGCAGGUGAUGGGCACUCCUGGAAAAUACCGCUCUCUGCUGUGUCUUACGUGGAAAGUUUUCUUUUUUAAAAGCUGAUCAAGUUUCAUUGUCAUUCCCAGUAGAAGAACACACAGACACUGUGUUUUCUUCUUCGCCUCCUUGAAGAGACUGAAAACACAGAUGGCUUUGGUGUCUAUUGAUUCUGAUGGGUUUAUUCUUUUUUAAAUAAAAAGCCAUAGUGUAUGUCUA